AUGGACGACUUGAAUGUUGUUGAUCAUUUUGUGUUACCAGCUCAAGGAGUGAUUGGAAGUCCUUGCUGUGAUGGAGUUUGUAUCCCAUAUGUUCCAAGUGAAUUUCAACCGGUUGUUGGAUCAAUCUUUGCAUCUUUGGAGGAUGGAAUUGAAAUGUAUCGAAGGUAUGCCGACAUUGCCGGGUUUGAUAUUCGACUAUCAACCCAGAAGACAAGGAAGGGUGGUAUAGUCAAACUAAAAUAUGUUGUUUGUCAUAAGCAUGGAAAACCAAAAAAGAGGUCGGUUGACUCUGUUGAAGUGGAUGGACAUCGUAGACAAGUACGAAAUACAAACUUUAAAGUUACAGAUUGUAAAGCAUCUGUUAGGUUUAAAUACAUAGAGGGAUCUCAAUCAUCAUAUAGAUUAUACUAUUUUUGUCCCAACCAUAACCAUGAUUUGAUUGAUGAUGCUGAUAGAAUUUUAUCACGUAAGAGUAGGCAAGUCAGCUAUGAUGACAAAGUUAUGGUUCACCGGUCGGCGAUGUCAAAUAUUGGGCCUGUAAGAGCCCACAAGUUGCAGGUUUGUUUGAAAGGUGGAUAUGAUGAAGUUGGUUCUACUGUUGUUGAUUAUAAGAAUUUCAAGAGGGAUCUCAAUAACUACAUUGGUGAUGGAGAUGUACAAAUGGUGGUAAACAUGUUGAACGACAGAAGACAAUAUGGGACAAACUUUGUAUUUGAGUAUAAAAUUGACAAUGGUCGUUUGGUAUCAAUGUUUUGGGCMAACGAGUUGACAAGGUUGAACUACGCAGAGUUCGGUGAUGUUAUGUCAUUUGAUGCGACAUAUCGUUUCAACAAGUACGUUAAUGUAAUGUUAUCGUAA